CUUGUUGUUCGUCGAAUGUCGAGCAAGGAUAAAUCAUGAUCGCAGGAGCACAGUAGGGACGAUCCUUCGUUUUAUAUUCGGCUGCGCAGAUUUGCUCGCGGAUCAAUAAUCGGCCAUGGUUUUGGUCGAAACCAUUUCCGUUCCGAUCAAAGUAGAGAAUCCAUUCAAUCUAUAGAUCCAUAGUGGCUCCCUUGUUGUGAUUACAGCAGUAGAGAGACAUAACCAAACUCAGUAAAAGUUAAGCUAGUGGCACACAGAAAAACGUAAGCAGUAAGCAAAACAAUAUUUUUUAUUUGCUACUGGUUACGUUAUUUAUUGUCCUAUGUUCUCGACUGUAAUUAGCUGUUUCGCUUACUGCUCAAUUACGUCUUACUGUUUACGUUUUUCUAUGUGCCACUAUAGCUGUACCGUCACAUACUAGUCAUAUAAUCUCAAGCAGAGGUCGAAAAGCUUUACUUUAAAAAAUGAGUAAAAAACCAAAAUAUAUACGUCAAUGGUGUGUUGUCGACAACUGUGAGAGCGAUACAGCUAGUGGUAUAGCAUUUUUUCGCUUUCCAAGAGAUAAACAAAGAGCUGUAAUUUGGGCGAGAGCAGCCAUGCGGUAUGAUUUAAUAGCGAAGAUUGACAAAUUAUAUGCCUCUUAUCGCGUAUGUGCUGCUCAUUUUGAGGAAAAACAUUUUCGAAAUUAUUACAAAAAUAGACUAAAGCCAGACGCAAUUCCAACUGUAUUCCCACCCUUGGUUUGGACCGAAGAAGACAUAGACAUUAUAAAACAAGACACUACAAAAUUCAUUGAGGUUCUACUCUCUGAAGAAGACAAAGGCAAUUUAAAUAGUACAUUCAUUCUAGUCGAUAAAACGAAAACUAAAAUGGACCAAGAAACACAAACAGACAAUGUACAUCAAAUUCUUUAAAUUAAUAAAUGUCGCUUAUUUAACUUAUAAAA